ACUGAACUGAACAAACAUCAAUUAAUAUGUUAAGCUAAAGCUGAUCUACCUACGAUUCAUAUGCACGAUGUUAUUGGAGUGUAUCUUGCAUGGAUGGGUUAGCGGAAACAUUCCACGCGAGACAGAGCGUUAGCGUAGGAGGGGAAUUAUAAUGCCAGUCUGAUGGAUUACUUGUUGGGCUACAAAGCAUGCAGUGGUUCUUGACUAUCUCUUCAUGCUCAGGCCUUGCUCAGAUACCCCAUGAAAAUGAAGUAAACAAUCACCCUGCGCCACAAGUCAUAGCCGAGCCCACGAAAACACCAAUGCUUAACAAGAUCGAGGCUGAAACAUGCACUGCCACGGUCAUACGAUCGGGUCUGCGCACGGUCCUUCAUGGACAAUGUGGAAUUUGCAUGUUGUGGGGGGGCCACAAAAAAAUGCGAAAAGCUAUCAGGGUCCGAAGUCCAGGUCGUCGUGGCCCCCGAGGACCCCAGGGUCAUAAAGAGCAUCUAGAAAAGGCCGUGGCCGCAGAGUGGCUUGGAACAGAACGGCAUCGACAAGCACAACGACACGUGGACACCCGGUGCGCAAGUUCAGUGUGGUAGGACAAGGUCGCAGAGCACAGUUACGAGUAUCGGUGC